AUGGAGAUUGGGUUUCAAAUCAAGAAAUUGGCGACCAUUUCAAUCAGAAGAUGUUACAAAACAGUUUACAACCAUCCAUUCCUUGUUGCCGUGGUGUUUUUCUUGAUUUUUCUACGCAGAUCAUUUCCUUUUCUGUUUUCCCUCCUGGUGUCUGCUUCCCCUAUUGUUGUUUGCAGCAUUGUUUUGAUUGGAACCCUUUUGAGUUUUGAUCAAUGGAGCAUACCCGAAACCAAGAAGCAAGAAUUGGCAACCCUUGAGAUCAAAGGUCUAAAAGUUGGGGUUUCUAAUGUUGCUCCUGUUGUUGAGAGAAAUGACAAUUUCAGAGUCCCCAUUGCCAGUGAAGUUGAAGAAGUGUUUGGUAACUUUGUUUAUAGUGUACCACUAAUCAAAGAAGAUUCCCAGAAAAUUCGGUUAGAAAAGCAGGUGCCUGAGGGAGUGGAAAUAGAUUUUGAUGACUCCGAAAUUGAGAUGAUGAGUGAAAUGGAUGAAGAGGGACUUGGAAAUGGGGAAGGCCUUGAGAACCAGUUUUCUCAGAUUGAUAAUAUAGAAGAGGAAAAGUUUGAAUUGCAGCAUGAUAUAUCGCCUAGGCUAUCUGAUUAUUCUCACGUUGCAGAUUAUGCAGACUCUCCUCCAGAAUCACCGGUGGAGGAUGUGGAUGAUGAGGGUACGAGUGCGGGGUCUGAUUGGGCCGGGAGUUGCUCUCCUGAUGCUUCAAUAUCCGGCAUCAUUCCAAUGCUUGACGAGAUCCACCCGCUUUUAGAUGAAGACGCUCCUCAGCCUGCUAGUAUAUACGAUGGUGGUUCUGAUGCUGAUUCAGAGACGUCUCAGAAAUCUAGUGAUGGCACUAAUGAGUCAGACUCAGACGAGGAUAUUAAAAGCCAGAAAGAGGAAGCUUGUGAGGAUGAUAGUGAUGAAAACGAUGACUAUGAAGGGGAAGAAGGAACACAGAAUGAUAAAGAGGAUGGAACUAAAUCUUCAGUCACGUGGACAGAGGAUGACCAAAAGAAUCUCAUGGAGUUGGGAACAUCUGAGCUAGAAAGGAAUAAAAGGUUGGAGAAUCUUAUUGCGAAAAGAAGCAUGAGGAGGAUGAUGACCGAGAAGAACUUUGCAGAUAAAAUUGUUGGUCCCCCCUUCAAUAUUCCUUACAUUUCAACAAGAAGAAUCAACCCUUUCGAUCUUCCUCAUGAUACUGAUGGCGACACGGGGUUACCACCUAUUCCUGGAUCUGCUCCUUCUAUUCUCUUAAAAAGAGGUAACCCUUUUGAUCUUCCUUGUGACUUGAGUAGUAAGAAACCUGAUCCUGUGGAAGAGAGUUUUCCACCUGGGGUUAUGCCACUUCCUCCGAAGGAGAUUUUCCUCCGAAGGCAUGAAAGUUUUAAUGUGAGACCAUCACCAUUUGGGCCUUCCAAGCAGGAGAAGCAAGAUAUCAAGUUAAGACCUUAUUUUGUACCGGAACGGCUUCCUAUGGAAUGGACAAGCUAUUCCUCCAUCCGAAGGCAAUCAAGCGAGAGUUCUGUUCCUGAAACCGAGUCAAUAUGUUCAGAUGAGGGUGAGGGUGAUAAGAAUGCUAGUGAAGAAGAUUCUUCUCAAGAAGUAGUAGGGAUGAUCUUGGACAUCGAGAGUGCUUCCGAGCAUGUUGGACAUGGAAGCGAAUCUUCUGAUGAUGUACACACUGUGGAAUUAGGCCAGGCUGAGAACAGAGGUACCGUGCAUGAUGACACUGAAAUUAGAUUGGGAGGUGUGGAAAGUCAUCCUGAAAACUUCUCUGUCUCUUCUGAAACUACUCCUGUGGAGUACAGCACAAGUGAAAUUCAUCUGAAUAACGCACCAGAUGAAGUUCAUUGCAGUAGUAGAUCAAGCCUGUCGUCAUUGUCAGAAGUAGACGAGGUAAAUUUGGACCACCCCAAAAUGGAGAAUCCUAUGGAGGACUGUGUCAUUGCAGAGGAACCUUCACAAGAACAUUCAGACUCAGACUCUAUGAUUGGUUUAGCGGAUGACAGUCAACAUGAAGAGCCUGUUUAUGAUUCAAGCCCACAGUCAAUUCAGACAAAUCUCUCAUCUUGCCGCCAUUUCCCAACCUACAAAUAG